AUGGAGAUGUCUCCAAAAUCAAGAUCUUACCAGAUAAUUACGAUUGUCUCAAGCAUUUUGAUAUUGGAACUGCUAAGUUUACGGGUAGAAGGAAGUAGCCAAGUGGAGUACCCCAUCUCAUAUCCUGCGAUAAAUUGUCGCAAACACUCUGCAGUGUUGACUGAUUUUGGAGGUGUUGGUGAUGGAAAAACUUCAAAUACCAAGGCGUUUAAUUCAGCAAUUGCCAAUCUAAGCCAAUUUGCAUCAGACGGUGGAGCUCAACUUAUUGUUCCUCCAGGUAAAUGGCUAACUGGCAGUUUUAAUCUCACUAGUCAUUUCACUUUAUAUAUUCAUAAGGAUGCAGUUCUUCUUGCAUCUCAGGAUGAAGCAGAAUGGCCUCAUCUUGCGGUGUUGCCAUCUUAUGGAAGAGGAAGAGAUGGACCUGGUGGAAGAUUUAGCAGCCUUAUUUUUGGGACAAAUUUAACUGACGUUGUUGUCACAGGUGGCAAUGGUACGAUAGAUGGUCAAGGUGCACCUUGGUGGAUCAAAUACCGUAGCAACCAAUUAAACAUCACUCGACCCUAUCUUAUUGAAAUCAUGUACUCUAAUCACGUCCAGAUAUCCAAUAUAACUUUAAUUAAUUCUCCAUCAUGGAACCUCCAUUUCAUUUACUCAAAUAAUUUUUGA